AUGACAAGGUCAAGAGGUGCACUUUAAAACUAGUUCUAUCUAUUCCUCCUUCACCUGGGGAGUUUCUAGAACACAACUAUGGUUUCAUUCACUCAGCUUCUUUCUCUUCUUUUCCCUUUGAUGGCUACCACUUCUGCCUUUGAGGUAUCAAUCAAAGCAACUUAUUUGGCUCCUUUAAAUUGCUCUGCUAAGAUCAGGACAUGUAAGGCCUCCCUCUACCACAUAACCCAAAAUCUCACAAUUGAACAACUUGCCUCUUUUUACUCGGUUAUUUCUUCCCAAAUCACACCUAUAAUGUAUGGCACCAAACAAGACUACCUCAUCACGGUACCUUGUUCAUGCAAAAACACUAGUGACCUUAGCGGAUAUUUCUAUGACACAAUCUACAAAGUGAAGCCAAAUGACACUUUUGUGAAUAUUUCAAACUUGAUUUUUAGUGGGCAAGCCUGGCCAGUUAAUGAUACAUCGCAGUUGCAUCCAGACGAGAAUUUAAGAAUAUAUAUUCCAUGUGGGUGUUUAGAAAGUGAUUCUCAAAUAGUUGUUACCUAUACAGUUCAACCUAAUGACACAACAACAAUGAUUGCUAAUCUGCUAAACGCUACACUGGCUGGCAUGCUGAGCAUCAACAAAAUUCUGGCUCCAAACCCUGAAUUUAUAGAUGUUGGUUGGGUGCUAUUUGUUCCCACAGAAUCCAAAGGACUUAUACCUAGUUCUACUAACAAAGAUGAGAAGACAUCCAAGUGGACAACACCAGUCAUUGGCAUCUUAGCGGGCAUGACAUUACUUUCAGUUAUUAUAACAAUCAUUCUCAUUCUCAGAAGAAAUAAAGUCAAACAAAUCACCAGAGAAGAUUUACAAAUUAUCUCGAGAAGAUCGAUUGCCAACAGAACUAUUUCCUCAAAGUAUAGCCUUCAUAAGGAAUAUAUGGAAGAUGUAAUUUCAUUUGAAUCAGAAAGACCAGUAAUAUAUAACCUUGAGGAGAUUGAAGAGGCUACACAUAACUUUGAUGAAACUCGAAAAAUAGGAAGUGGUGGAUACGGAAGUGUUUAUUUUGGAAUGUUAGAGAAUAAGGAGGUUGCUGUGAAGAAGAUGAGAUCUAAUAAAUCUAAAGAGUUCUAUGCAGAACUCAAAGUCUUGUGUAGGAUCCACCAUAUCAACAUUGUGGAGCUGUUGGGAUAUGCCAACGGAGAAGAUGACUUGUAUUUGGUGUAUGAGUAUGUUCCAAAUGGAUCUCUUAGUGAUCAUCUUCAUGAUCCAUUACUGAAAGGGAACCAGCCUCUUUCUUGGAGUGCAAGAGUUCAAAUUGCAUUGGAUGCUGCAAGAGGUCUUGAAUAUAUACAUGAUUAUACAAAGGCACGAUAUGUGCACCGUGAUAUAAAGACUAGCAAUAUUCUACUUGAUGACAAGCUCAGAGCAAAGGUGGGAGAUUUUGGACUUGCAAAGCUGGUAGAUAGAACCAAUGAUGAAAGUUUUGUGGCAACAAGACUCGUAGGAACACCAGGCUACCUUCCCCCAGAAUCUCUGAAGGAGCUUCAAGUGACCCCAAAAACCGAUGUGUUUGCGUUUGGAGUGGUACUUUCAGAGCUGUUAACAGGGAAACGUGCACUAUUUCGAGAAAGCCAAGAAGACAUCAAAAUGAAAUCACUCAUUACUGUUGUUAAUAAAAUAUUCCAAGAUGAUGACCCAGAGACUGCUUUAGAAGAUGCCAUAGAUAAGAAUCUAGAAGCUAGUUAUCCGAUGGAAGAUGUCUACAAGGGACCCCCAAAUCUCGGUGUUAACUUCCGAGCCUUCAGCGUUCUUCCCACACCCGAGGUCGGAGUCACCUUUACAAAUACAUGCUCCCCUUCGGCAAACUCCAAAGGCUUACGCCAGUUGAGGGGAGCUUCGGUGUUUUCAAUGAUUGAUUUGAGAUUUGGAUACCAUCAAAUUAGGGUAAAGGAAAGUGACAUACCGCAGAUUACUUUUAGGACUAGGUAUGGUCGCUAUUGUGCUCGGAGAGAGUUGGUGUUUCCUCAGUUGGAGGAUGAGGUGUUGGUAUCAGCGGGUCAGGCUGAGCAGUUAAUGAGGGAUGGAGCUGAGUGCUUCAUGUUGUUUGCAGCUUUGAGUAUUGAGACAGAGAGAGCUAUCGUUGGGAUCGAGAUUGUCAGUGAAUUUCCUGAGGUGUUUCCAGAUAAUGUGCCAGGAUUGCCACCCAGGCCUGAGUUGGUAGAGCUGAAGAAACAGAUUGAGAAUUUGUUGGAAAAAUAG